AUGAUCCCCGGGAUCAAUGCUCCGUUUAUUCAGCUGUCGAAAGUCGUCGGCGCGUCCGUCGAUGAUCUGAAGCUCCUCGCCGUUUUCCUCUCGAGCUAUCCCCUGGCUGGUCUUAUAAAACGAAUACCUGACAACAAACCGCAAUGGAGGAAUCUCUAUAUCGUCGGAGUUUCCUUGUUCUACCUCGUCGGCCUCUUCGACUUGUACGAUGGAGUUCGCACCAUGAUGUACAGCGCAGUAGGGUCAUACGCAAUAGCAUACUACAUUGAUGGAUCGCUCAUGCCGUGGAUUGCCUUUCUAUUCCUAAUGGGCCAUCUGUCAAUUAAUCAUAUCGAGCGGCAAAUCCUCAAUGACCCGAGCACGGUCGACAUCACAGGGGGGCAGAUGGUUCUGGUCAUGAAACUAAGCGCAUUCUGCUGGAACGUCCAUGAUGGACGGCUGAAGCCCGACCUCAUGACCGACACCCAGAAAGAACGCGCCAUCUACAAGAUGCCCAAUCCUCUCGACUUCGCCGGCUACGUCUUCUUCUUUCCGUCCCUCUUCGCGGGGCCGGCGUUUGACUUUGUGGAUUACCAACGAUUCAUCGAGACCACCAUGUUUGAAGUUCCCCCGGGCACCAAAAAUCCUCCUCCUACUAGGGGCAAGCGCCGUAUCCCCCGGUCAGGUAGACCUGCAGCGCGAAAGGCCGUUAUUGGCGUCAUUUGGAUCUUUCUCUUCCUGCAAUUUGGCAAAUGGUACAAUGUACCCCUGACGCUUUCAGACCAGUACCAAAAACUCUCCUUCCUCCGUCGCGUGUGGAUCCUGCAAAUGCUUGGCUUCACCUCCAGACUCAAGUACUACGGUGUCUGGUCCUUGACAGAAGGGGCGUGCGUGAUGGCCGGGAUAGGAUAUAAUGGACUUGAUCCCGUCACUGGCAAAGCAAGAUGGGACCGCACUGAAAAUGUGAAUCCUUGGGGCAUUGAGACUGCUCAGAACUCACGGGCUUACCUGGACAACUGGAACAAGAACACCAACAAGUGGCUUCGCAAUUACAUCUACCUACGAGUGACGCCCAAAGGCAAAAAGCCUGGUUUCCGCGCCACACUAGCGACAUUCCUCACUUCCGCGUUCUGGCACGGCUUUUAUCCCGGAUAUUACUUGACAUUCCUGAUGGGCGCGUUCAUUCAAACGGUGGCGAAGAAUUGCCGCCGUUAUUUCCGUCCAUUCUUCCUCACUCCUGACGGAUCCCAGCCCACCAAGUACAAGAUCUACUAUGACAUUGCCAGCUAUCUCGCCACUCAGCUGGCGUUUUGUUAUACCACCGCCCCAUUCGUCAUCCUCGGUUUCGGCGAUUCCCUGAAAGUUUGGGCACGGGUAUAUUUCUACGGCUUGCUGGGCGUCCUGGGUUUCAUGGCGUUCUUUGCCUCACCCGCGAAGGUGCAUCUCGCCAAAAGGCUUGCGAAGAGAAACUACCCAUACGUGCAAAAGACCGCGUCGCAAGAAACCAACUACCCGCCGUCACUGGGCAUACCGAGUGAUCCGGGCCGGGAGAUUGACGAUGCAAUUGAAGAGAUCCGCCAUGAGGUGGAAGUCCGCCGUAGGAGGGGAAGUACCGUCACCAUGCCGACCGGGGAGAGCCUGAAAGGGGCCGUGGAGGCAAGGAUCGGGAGGAAGCUGACCUUUCCCGAAUUCAGGUUUGGUUCUUCUGCUGCAGUCCAUAGUGCAAAUGUGGUUGGACACAGUGGCAAGGCUGAAAGGGAAAUCGGGAUCGAAGGGGCGGGGUUGACGGCAAACGACAAAAAGUUGAAGUAA